ACCGCCUGUCAAGAACUACCACUGAACAAACACAAACACAAACACCAACACACUCACAUUCGCAUCCAUUUCCAGCUCACCGGCACCCCGUCCAUCCUGCAAAUCCCGCUUGAACGUCGCGACCGUCCUGUCGCGAGCCAACUUAUUGCUCGCACCGGCCCCAGCGCACUCGACCAGCUUCAUCACGUGCGCCCCGCUCCACUCAAACUUGCGCUGUCCCUCCCGGACGCCCAGCGCGGACGCCGUCACGUGGUUCGUCUCCGCCGUGAUGACGCCGAGCGGGUUGUUUGCCACGCGCCCCGCCAUACCGGACGAAGGGAGGCCCACCAGGCUCAUCGCCUUGCGCGGCAGGCGGCCCGCUUCGCCUUGCUGCUGGUGCUGUUUCCUCUUGCCGGGCACGACGCGACUGCGCGGGCUGCUGUGUCCCAUGCUGUACCCUGCUACCGAGCGCGUCUCGCCGCCAUCGUCUUCUGGCUCCUCCUGCUUGUCUUCCUCCACAUCGCUGUGGCCAAUUCCCCCCUCCCGCUCGACAUCAGCUGCGGCCUCCUCGACAUAUAACUCCGUACGGCCAGCAUCACUACUGCUGUCUCCGUCGUUCAGUUCGAUCCACGAAACGUCCGCCUGCGGGUGGUCCCCCACGCAGGUAUGCUGCGCGGAGCUCCGCGGUAUCGCUUCAAUGUACUGCUUCUUCUUGGUAGACGCAGCAGCAGCGAGGAUCUCGCGGUCGCUGGGGAGGUAGAAGGUCCAACGCUGCCCGAAAAAGUCUGCUUGUCUCACCGUCCCCGUCCAUGG